AUGGCAGCAACCCACCAUGACAACGAAGUUAGAGUCGAGUUAAUAAGGGACGCUGAAGACUUCGAGCACUGCUUUGUCUGCCUAGCAGAAGCAUUUGGCCGACAAGCAAAUGAUACCAUAUGGAUCAGCUCCAAUCCAGGCUGGGACACUUCAGUCGGUGCUCGUAAAAACACCGAGCACAUGAUCGACCAAUGGCGUAAAGCCAAUAAAAAUACACUGCAUCUGAAAGCUAGCAUUCAAGAAACUAGCCAGCCUCACUCACGGCGUAUAGUCGGAUUUGCGAUCUGGUCACAACUAUCUAUGGUCCCUGGCCAAGGCGAAAGGCCAAAGGAAUGGAAGCCUAGCGACUUCGAGGACCAGCAUCCCGGCGAUGAGUUGGAACAACGUUAUAUUUCCCAGAUGCUCAAUUCAUUACAGCGCCAUCGGAGGACUUAUGUUUCAGAGCUUGCUGGACGUACACCUGCUUCGGUGAUGGCACUAGAUAUCUGUGCCGUCCAUCCCGCAUUUCAAAGACGCGGGGUUGCCUCUAAACUCGUGGAACGGGGCCUCAGCGAAGCAAAGCAGCGUGGAAAUCUCGAGGCAGUCACCGAGGCAUCAAGCAUGGGAAGGCAUGUCUAUGCCAAACUUGGAUUCAGGCCACGCGCAGAAAUCAAAUUCGAGAUUGACGAGGAUUUUGCCGAUCGUGUCUCACCAUCGAACUUAUUUAUGCGAACCGGUAGCACUUAG